CGCAAGAAUUUACAGACCUUUUUGUCAUAACAUCUAUCACGAACAAAUCAUCAUGAUGGGGCUCCUCUGGCGCGCUUGGUCGACAGUGGCUUCCACCCAUAUGUCUGCUAAGCAGUGCAGCCAUGUCGCUCCCCAGGCUCGGCAUCGAGAGUGGAAAAAUACUAAUACGCAAGGUAACAAAAACCGAGCCCGUGCUGGAAUUUCAUUGUUUUUUCUCCUGUUCCUCAUCAAGUUCGAUAUCAUAAUCCAUGUGCUGGGUGAGGUGCGUUGGGUUUAUGCCUCAACGACAUCUAUUGCUGCCUUGGGAGAGCGAGGCCCUAAAGCAGCAGCAAAAACCAAUGGACGCGGCGGAGGCACGAGUAUCCUGACCAACGGACAAAAUGACAAUACCUCCAGCCCAAAGCAAGAGUUGACAUCACUCUCGUACAACAUGCAGCUCUUUCCGGAUUAUUUGCGGCCCAAGUCAGUACUCGGCAUGGAUCGUCUGGCCCUCUUCUUCGACGUGUACUUGCGGAACUACUACGAGACUAAGCAGCAUCAAGAGCAAGAAAGACCGCUUCGCGUCGUCGUAAAUGAUGUCGAAAGUGGAGAAGUUGGAGUUGCAACUUCGCAAGGAAAUGUGGGUGUGGCACCAUCUGCAGCAGCUUCUCUGAGCCUCCGGGGAAACCUACCAGAUCGUGCGACCCUGGAAGCGCGAGCUCCCAAGCAGGCCUUCGAUAUAGCACAUUUUCAAGAAAUCUGGGCUUUUCGCUGGGAUGCCGCAACAGCCCACGCGUUUGAGAAGCGGCUUCUGCGGGAAAAACAUUUCAAAUGGUGCUCUCCGG